AUGGAACGGUUGAUGGAGGGAAGUGAAAAUGUGAAAGAGGCGUUGUUGCAAUGCAUAGCAAAGUCUGACACAUGCGCCGCGGAUGGCGUCCUGCCGCUUCUUCGAACAUUUUCCCGUCCGGUGUCAAAGACCCCCUUCUUUGAUGUGCAGGUAGAAACAGAGCAUGCAUGGCCCUCCUCUAACUUACUCAACGGCGGGGGCCGUUGCAAGGUUCAUUACCGAAAUGGCGCCCACCUCGUGUCGAGCGGUAACAGACUUCUAGUUGUUCGACAAGAUAACCACUUCUAUUUCCCCCCGUGGGGUAGUCUUAUUCAAGACGCGUACAUCCAACGAUGCGGCGCGGACAAGAGAUCACUUAUUAUUGUCGGACUUGCAAACGGGAUUCACGCCGCUCUGUUGCAAGAAGAAUCACCACCUGUAGUACUGGACGAUAUUUUCAUUGAAACAGGACGGUCGGUUGAAAAAAUUGUUUCGUUUGAGAAUGGCAAGUUAACACUAUGCUAUGGCAACGCGCAAGUGGAAAGCUGUCGUUUAGUUUUCAGAGGUGAUAAAGUGUCAGAAAUGGUUUUGUCAUUGAACCAGCGCCCGCGACGAAUUUACGAUGCUGUGAUUUCUCUAUGGGACACGAAACGUUACCAAGAUAGUGCGUACGAUCCUUACCGGGGGAACCUCUUUGUAUUGUCGAAUACCGAUCUGGCUGUGUGGAAGCGCACUCUAACAGGCGAGUUUGUGGUGGCCGGUUCUGUGGCUGUUCUGAGAAAUACAGUCACAGUGCUUGCCAGCUUUGAGACGUCUCAUCACGCUGUCCUGAUUGCCGCCGAUGGGGGUCGGCAGCCUGUGCUUCUCGACGAAGCCCCUGCAGCUGGAGGUGGUACUGCAUGUGUUAAUGUCCGUCUAGCUUCUUCCCGUCCUCUACCCUCGGGUCUCCAUGUUGAAGAUAUCCGGUUUGCCUGUCGGGACACAAAUGGCACCACUCUACUUUAUGACGCACUAACUCAUCUUCUAAUCUUAAUCACUACAAACUGCGCCGUAUACGAGGGUGUGUAUGACGAGAUGGAACUAGUGUCAACUUUUCAGUUGGACGGGCCAAUCACGGGUAUUGGUUACGUCAGUGAGUCUGUGAGGUUCGGCACGUCUUUUGUUGUGUACGGAGGAAGUGGAAUUCAGUGCCGCAUUGGUGCACUACCGAUUGGACUCGUCACAGCAAAUCUCUUGAAACUUGGUAACCCCCACGAUGAAAUCUUUUCCUCGCUGCUAAAACUGGGGGGAAGACGUGGAAUGGAGGCCCUUGUUGGAGCUAACUUAGCUGGCGUGCCAGCAGAGACGUUGGCUCCCCUGCUAGGACAGUUCUUGCACCCUUUUCCUCAGAGUAACAAUAUGCGGGUGGCCCCUGGAGCGGAGGGACUCUUAUAUCUCGUCCAUCGUCAGAUUGUGGUAGCGGAGAGGUUGUGGACUUCGCCCUUUUCGUGGGACUUGGCGCUCAGAUUGGAGGGCGCAGUGAAGCUUAUGGAGGAAUGGCGAGGGUCGAUAGAGUCGCUAUUACGUUUAAAUGGCUGGCUUGAUUACCCAGUGCAGCAUAUGGGUUUGGUGUGGCAAGGUUUUGUGGUGAGCUCUCCCCAGGCAUUCACCACGCGCACCGCUAUUAACACUCAAGCUUUAUUCCUUUAUACACUCCUAAAGGGCUUGGGAGAUGCGUGCAUCAUCUGUAAACUUUAUUGUAUGCUGUUGACCGCGUGUGGUGAAGAGGCGCUGUCCAUGGCUUCAUCAAUCGGAAAUCAAAUGGGUUUGGAACAUAUCGUGUGGCGCUGUGACACAGAUGCAAUAAUAAGUGAAUUCUGUACCACCGCGCUUGCAUGCAAUGGGGCAAAUACCCUGGCCCAGCUUGAAGCUAUGAAACACGCACUGCCUGUGAAGGCCCAGCAUGCAAUAAGUGUUCAUUCACUUAUCAUGAAGGGGAAUGCAGAUGAGGCACUCACGUACGCGUGUGACAACAUUGUAUCGCUUCGAGAUGAGCAAAUGGUUAGCUACGUAGAGGAGAGAUUGAACGUGGCCUUUCCCGAUCAUAUGGUACCAAUAAGACUUCUUCUUUGUUGGUUGAGGCACGACAAAAGCUCCAUAGGUGAACUUCUAUCUUUGCUUGAGCAGAAUACAGCUGACGGAUCGCCGGAGCAGGUGAAGCGCUGCCUUCGGUUGGUCAUGCAGGCUGCUGCACGUAGCCCCGCUCUUUCUCGCGAUGUUGUUCACUGGAUUGUGGGUCAUGCGCUUGAAGAUGAUCGCUUGAUGUGUUUUGCGGAGAUAAUAGAAGAGUAUAUUGAUGACCUAGGGGAGCCGCAAACACUCCCGGCGCUUUUUUAUUCGUGUUGGAAGGAUCGGCUGCGUUGUCCUCAGGUGGCCGCUCGCGGGUUUGGCGAUAUUGCGAAGUCCAAGCAGCGAGUGCUACUUUCCACAAGGCUUCGCUGCAUAAAUCUGGCACUCGAGUAUGGCCCGACGGAUUCCGAUCGCUUGACUUACGUACUUCUGUUACUGCAGGAUGAAUUAGUGAAAGUGAUUGAGAGGACAGGGCAAAGUUUUAACUACAAUAGUUCUUCAAAAUUGCCUAGGCAAGAAACACAAUCCCACGUGGAUGAGCUGCGCCAUUUUUAUGUGGUGGAAAGUCGGCUGUUUGAGUUGGCUGGCGUGUACAGGAGGAACGGUGGGGCCAAGGUCCAGAUGGACAUACUGAAGAUGCACCCGGAGACUCCCGAGAGAGUCACCGUGCAAGUGCUACAUGACUUGCUGGCAAGCCUUGUUCACGAAGGGGGCCAAGGUGCUUCUGAAGCGGUGCGUUGUAUAGUGCGAGAGUACUAUGGUGGUUACGCUGCAGGGCUGCCAUUGUUGCCUUUUGUCACUUUCUUGGUGCACAAUAGAGAGGAUCCUGGAACGAUUGUGGAUACUCUUCGGUCCAGUGGAGUGCCAGCUGCUGUUGUUUUUGAUACGUUUCUUCACUGCCUCGACGAUCGAUGUGAUGACACAGUUUUAACCAAGAGUGGAGUCAUAACAGCGCUCACGGCAGCAGUGACAAAUAUGGUGGGGGAGGGCCGCAGUGUUUACGCGACCUAUCUUUUGGAACGGAUUCACAAGCUGCUAGAGAAUGAGCACCAGAUUGCAUUGUUGCGACGAAGUGAUGUGGAACAGCUGCAAAAUGCGGAGGCAGCGAUGAUGCGCUUUGUCUCAUCUUCACAAAGUGUUUCAUAG